CGGCGCCGCGGCCGCGGGCGGCCCGCAGUGCGCCCGCGCUGGCCCCGGCCGUCUGCCGCCGGUCCAGCAGAUCCUCGGCGCCGCGGCGGGCGCGCGGGCGCUGUCCCACGCGGAGUGCCGGGGCCGCACCGCCAGGGAGAGAUCGUCCAGACCUACAAGCUUGACAGGGUACUGAGCACGAGGCGCGGCGACCCUAAGCUGGCCGCCGCCAUGGCGCGCAAUGACGCCAAGCUGCGCGCCAGGGACCGCCCUCCCGACGCCAUCCGCCACGCGGUCCGUGAGCUUCAUGCAGGGCUUCCCCGCGGAGCUGCUCGAUUGCGGCUUCGAGGAGCUCGAGCGCCUCAGCAGGCUCGAGGGCCGCGAGGGCGACCGCGCGCGGCUGGCGGUCCGCCGCCUGCUCAGCCCCGCGUUCGACCGCCCGCGCUGACACGGGCGCUCGCCGGCCAGCGGCGAGCAAGCGCGCGUCGUCCUACGCCGCCGAGGUGUGCCGGGAGUCCUACGUCCAGUCCCAACGUGCCAGGGCUGGGCGAAACGCUCGGCGCGACCCGCCGAGACGGUGGAGGUACGGCCCCUCCCCUCCGCCUUCGCUUGCCAGAGCCGAGACGGGA